GCUGGCAUUCACCGACAGGACGAGCAGGGGCUGGGGCGAUGCCACAGCCCACCUGGAUGCUCGGCUGGCCCAGAAGAGCUUUUCUGGACACCCACAUUGUGUUGGGGGGGGUGUUGCCGCUGUACAGCCCUGUGCUGCUUGUGCCAGGCAGUGGGGCACAUCCUGCUGCGGUCUGGCCCCGCGAGCAUCCUCCCCUAACGACCCCGCUUCGUUCGUUACAGUUCAUCGUGAUCAGCUCCCUCCUGGAGCAGCCACCUCUGACGCUCUUCGACUACCAGUACCCCGAGUGGAGCAUCUCGGUGGGGUCCCUCAUCGGAGCCUCGUCCUUCGUCUGCAUCCCCGUCUACAUGGUGUACAAGCUCGUCUGGACACCGGGGUCCCUCAAGCAGCGCCUCGCCGUCUGCAUUCGGCCAGAGAAAACAACGCGAGGCCCCCAAGCCGAGGCGGUGUGCAUGUCACCCGCCCCGUAGCCUGGUGGUGGCACAUCCCUGGGGGACCCUUCCUGCUCCUGCCCCACCAGAGCAGCAGGACAGGCAGAAGAGAAGCUGCCGUCACCCUCCCCACAGCAAACCGCCCCUCGCGUCUCCCCCGGCGGCUGCACGUGCCGGCGGCAGCUCCAUCGAGUCCGACGAGCGUCUCGAUGGAAGCGGCACGGCCAGCACGGGCUGGAAAACCUCUGACCCACGGCAGGGCCCCGCCGCUGCGUCCCGUGGGCUGGGAGCGAAGUUUUGGAGGUGAAUCCCGACUCCUGGCGAAGACGGAGGCGCAGCGGCGGGGAAUCGCCGUCCGACGGCGCAAGCCCUCAGCACGCCUGGCUCAGGGACGCACGCAGCCUGGCCCGGCCCGAGCAGCGUGUGCCCUCGGUCCCGAGUGACACGGAAAAUAAACCUGCUACCAGCCGUUAGGAGAUGAGACAAGGGAGAGGCGCCGGAGCUCGCCGAAGCGCCGCAGCUGAGAGCACAGGGCCAGGCUGGGGGACGUCGCUGCUCUGACACACAAAUAUUUCGUUCUGUUGCAAAAAGCAAAAAUCUGGUAAAUAAAUUGUGUGGGCCCCCCCGCA